ACGAUUGUUUUGAGGGCUGGUCUCGUCGCAGAAGAGUUACGUCACUGUGCGCGACAUUCCUCCACGGUUAAGAAGCUUCUGGAAGAGCUGCUGUGAACCGACGACUGCCCGUAAUCUGUGAGGGUUCCAAACUGUCUUCAUAAAAGGUUACCUGUUAAAGGCAAACAUGGUCAAGGAAACAGGUUUUUAUGACACACUGGGUGUGAAACCCAAUGCUACUCCAGAUGAACUGAAAAGGGCCUAUCGCAAACUGGCCCUGAAAUAUCACCCUGACAAAAAUCCUACUGAAGGAGACAAGUUCAAGCAAAUUUCACAGGCAUAUGAGGUGUUGUCAGAUGCCAAGAAGAGAGAUGUGUAUGACCGUGGUGGUGAAAAGGCUAUAAAGGAAGGAGGGACAGGUGGUGGUGGUGGAGGUGGGAGCUUUGCGUCACCAAUGGAUAUCUUUGACUUGUUUUUCGGUGGAGGCAGCCGGAUGCACAGAGAACGGAAAGGCAAAAAUAUUGUUCAUCAGAUCACAGUGACACUGGAAGAUCUUUAUAAUGGAGCAACAAGAAAACUUGCUGUCCAGAAGAAUACCAUUUGUGAGAGAUGUGAAGGUCGUGGGAGUCGUAAAGGAGCGGCACAGAUGUGCAUGUCUUGCCAUGGAACAGGAAUGCAGGUCCGCGUGCACCAGUUAGUACCAGGUAUGGUACAGCAAGUGUCCACAGUGUGCCUCAGCUGCCAAGGACAAGGACAGAGACUUAACCAGAAGGACCGCUGUAAAUCAUGUGGAGGCCGGAAGAUCCUGCGACAGAAGAAGACCUUGGAGGUCCACAUUGACAAAGGAAUGAGAGAUGGCCAGAAGAUCGUUUUCCAUGGAGAAGGAGACCAGGAGCCAGGACUUGAACCAGGUGAUAUCAUCUUUGUCCUGGAUCUGCGAGAACAUUCAACAUUCACCAGAAAAGGGGAGGACCUCAUCAUGUCAAUGGAGCUGCAACUAGUGGAGGCUUUGUGUGGUUUCAAAAAGCCUGUUCAGACACUGGACAACAGAACUAUCCUCAUCACGUCACAUCCAGGGGAACUGAUCAAACCUGGAGACACAAAAUGUGUCCUGAAUGAAGGGAUGCCCACGUAUCGCAGACCGUUUGAAAAGGGACGUCUUAUCAUCCACUUUUCGGUGGUGUUCCCACAGGCCAACUUCCUCCCCAAACAUAAGCUGAAAGAGCUGGAGCGCUACCUUCCAGAGAAGAAGGAUGCGGAGCAGCCAGACAGUAUGGAUGACGACCUGUACAUCUACGCUGACCUGGAGGACUGUGAUUUUGAGAACAGAAAGAGAUCCAAACAUCAGUACUACUACAUGGAUGAAGACGACUACGCUAGCACUGGUGGUGUUCAGUGCCACACGUCUUAAAUAACGGCUGAUCUCUGCCUGGUCUAGGAGCCCAAAUCCUCAUCUCUAAUGCAAAGCACCUUUUUCGAAUUUUGUGCACUUUUCAUUUUGUUGCAUUUCUUAAAAUCAUUUACUCUCUUAAGGUUUUGUUUGAAGCUGAAUCUUAAAACUGUGUCUCAGUGCCCUCCUGAUUUAUUGUAAUAUUUUUGGGAUAGCGUAGUGUAUGAUUAAGUUCCAGGCUCUGAACUCGGGUCCAGCUGAAUGGGAUUCCCCAUCAUCUCUUGGACUUUAUUUUAAUCCUUUUUUUCUUUCUGUUCCAGUCACACUGUGAUUAAAGACGAGGGCUGGUAUAACAGGCUUCAGAGGAAAGAGAAAAAAAAGCUUUUUGCCUAAUCAAGGACUGCCUGCUUUUUAUGCAGUUACACUGAAACUGACGCCAAUAUUGAUAUGAAAAUAGCCUUUUUAUAGUGUUACUAAAUCAUUUGUUAUGAAUCACUUGUUGAUGACUCAUCCAAUCCACUGUCUUUGAGGACCCGGUAUUCGGAUGAUGGUGGAGGGGGACGUGCAUUGAAGCUUGAGUUAAACCAUUCACGCUGUUUUACCCUUUCAAGGGCUAUUUUUUUUUUUUUUUUUUUUUUUUUUAAUAGAAAUUUAAAAACAAUCUUGAAAAUGUGAAUUGAGAUGAGUUGCCAGGCAGGCUAGCGUUUAGGUUUACGCCACUCAAUUGUAUGUCAUUCCAGCUAAUAUUUAAGUUGAGUUUAAUAUUUUUACUUAUUCUGAGCUGUAGUCUGGUUUGUGCUGAUGCCAAGUAUGCAUUGGAUCUUUUAAUACAUAAAAUCAGCAGUUUUGUUACAUGACAUGAUAAAUAGUGUUUGGAAAGACCUCAGAAGGUUAUAAAGUGCCAAGCUGCACCCAUGUUAUAUUAAUAAGAGUGUCUAAUGUGAGUGGAAGGCAGUUUUUAGUUGUAGUUUUUACAUUAUUACAUGAUUAAGAGUUCAGCUGUUUCUCUGGUCUGUCUUAAUUUAAGUUACAAAUCAAAGUAGAAAGCUAAUUUUGUUGAUGGGUUUUUCUGAUGUUGGCACACAAGCAAAAGAAGAUGGAGUAUGCCAUUCUAAAUCAAGACACUUGGUCAGAUUCGGAAAAUAUCUGCUUACAGACAGGUGUUCGUAAACAGAAAUGAUCUUGGACCAAUCUGUUGAACACUGUUCCAGUUUGUUCAAUGCUGUGGGAGCGAGAGGAACAGCAAAUCUGGCACAUGCUAACUAUCUACAUAAGCUAAAUACCAACAAACUGUCUCCAGAAUGGCAGACUUCAUCUUUAGUUGAUCCCUUCUUUCAUAUUUACAGUCCUACAUGUAAAUGCCAAAUGAGUCAUGGGAGGCAAAUCUGAUACCUCAGAAGUGUCUGCCUGUUUGCAAGCCUUAUCAUAACUUGAAGUUGCUUGAUAAUGCAGUUUUUUUUCCUCAUGAUUGUUUGCCUUGGAUAUUUAAAACUGUUUUACUCAAAGAGGAGGGGUCCUUAAGUAGACUGACGGUUGUUCUUAAAAGCAGUUGUGAUUUUUUUGAGUCCUCAUAAUUUCAGGGGAUGUCAAUGCAAAGUUCAACUUAAAUACGUGUUGUCAAGUUUUUAAUGUAACUUGAGGUAUGUUGGGACCACGGAUCUGUUGUUUGUGUUUUCUAAUUAAAUGUCAUUUGAGAGUA